UUGGGCCCAGUGAGGGUGGCGACGCUGGAAUGUAGUGAGAGAGAGGGACAGACACGCACACUUAUGUAGACCGGAGCAUUCAUGUAGCAGGGACAGGUGAUUCUGCGACUGUUAUUGGUGCAUCUGCCUUAAAGUGUUCUUCCUUGCGCCCCCUCGCAAUCGCGCAGCGGGCACCAUGGACGAGAACAUGGAGGAGGACGCCAGCUAUCAGCAGCUGAUAAUGGACGACCACAAUCACAACAACUGGGAGGCGGAUGCUUAUCAGCAUCACCACCAUAGCCACCGCCACCACCACCAUAACAACCGCCGCCACACUGAGCUUACUCUGCCCGAGCCAGGCGGGAUGUCGCAAGCACAGCAGGAUCCCAAAGAACUACUCCAUCACCAUCUGUCUGUCAACGGGGAAGAGCGAGGGCCAGGGGUGCACAGGGAGCCUGAGCCCAUGGCCAGUAAAGUAACCCUGAACAUUAACAGUUCAGCCUCCAAGUUCUUGAUGAACGUUAUAACUGCAGAAGACUACCAACGGACUUACUGGCCGAAGCUGGACAGUGCCAUUGAUCAGCUUUUGACACAGUCCCCUGGAGACUGCAUCCCUAUUUCUUACGAGCAAAUUUACAGUUGUGUUUACAAGUGUGUGUGCCAGCAGCAUUCAGAGCAGAUGUACUGUGACCUCAUCACAAAGAUAACCAGUCACUUAAGACGAAUCUCAGAGGAGCUGCAGGUCAGCUGUCCAGAUGCUUACAUUGAAAGGUUUAAUGCAGCACUCAGCCAGUACAUGGGAGCUCUACAGAGCAUUGUGCCUCUAUUCAUUUACAUGAACAAAUUUUACAUUGAAACCAAACUUAACAGAGAUUUGAGAGAUGACCUCAUAAAAUUGUUUACAGAACAGGUUGCAGAAAAGCAUGUUCCCACCUUAAUGCCUUUACUAAUAGAAGCUCAGUCAACUCCAUUUAAAAUCACUCCUUCAACCAUGGCAAAUAUAGUUAAAGGCUUAUACACACUUAGACCUGAUUGGGCACAGCUGGCACCAAGUCUCUUUUCUAAAUUCAUCCCAAAUAUCCUUCCCCCUGCAUUGGAAUCCAAGCUGUCAGAAUAUGCCGCUGAAGACCAAAAACUCCAGCGAGAAUUAAUGCAGAAUGGCUUUGCCAGAGGGGACCAGUCAAGAAAAAGAGCUGGAGAGGAGCUGAUAUUUAAUGGGUCGUCAUCUUCAUCGUCGUCAUGUGCAAAUGCAAGAGGAUUCAGAUAGUGAAGACCUGUUUUCUAUUGCCUUGGAAGGACUGAACAUGAAGGUGCAAGGACCGUAGAGGAGUAAUGCAGUGAAGAGAUCUGAAGCUCAGGCCUGUUUUCCCUCUUGCCCUUAAAAAGGAUGCCAUCUUUUAAGUUUUUUCUGAUGAUCAUGCUGCUAAUAGACUUGAGAGUACUCUUUCCACUGGCUCGUUAUGUGGUGCCCUGUCUGGACCUGUUGUAUACUGGUUCCUCUUGAGUGAGCUUCAGCAUUCUGCCAAUGGUUUCUGAAUGGGAUGUAACAUUUUUUUUUGCAAGAAGCUCAGUUUCCAGCAGUUUUCUCCCACUUUAGCCAUUUUUGUGACUGCUAUUUGUCAUCUAGACAUCUUAUAAAAAGAUACUCCCUACUUUACAGCAUCAGUCAAGAUAUGAUUUUAUUUUUAUUCCUAAGUCAUUACAUCUAGGUAAGCUAGGACUGAAACUUAUUUACUGUAUUUUACACACUAAUCACAUCUUCAUCAAAUUGUUUCUAAACUAUUGAACCAAUAUCCUGACAAUAUCUCAACUAGAUUUAAUUCUAAUGCACCUCAUUUAAUUAAAUUACUACACAAUUGUGAGAAUCUGCCACAUCCAAAGUAUGGCAAGCUGAAAAUAACUUGUCUUUAAAAAAGUUUUGUUAAAGGAUUAAUCAACAUAGCCUGCCUAACAAUUGUCAUAAAAGCACUUAUCACCCGGCUUGUAAAUGAAAACCCAACAACACUGUUUUCAUUCUAGUACAACUCAAUUUAUAUAACACAGCUAAAUAACUAACAUCCCAGAGUGUCAUAUCAGUUUGAGUAUCUUGAAUUUUUUUGCUAUUAGAGGUAUUUUGGCUGUGUGAAAGCUCUGCCACUUGUUAUAUUAUUUCCUUCAUGAUCACCUUGAGUCUGGCUGAUCGAGCAACACUCAGAAUGUAAAAUAUUUUAUUCCUGCACAGCUUGCUAUUUUAAAUUUGAACUGUUAAAGCAUUACUGCAUGUGCUGAGAUUGUUUUCAAUUUCACCCACAGUUUCACUAUUAAAGGUGGUCAUUUAGAGGAAAAAAAAAGCAGAGGGCAAAAGCACAUGAGUGAAGGUGUUCUGAUAACUUCACAUUCAGUGAUCAUGGUUGAUGUAUAACUUUCUAAGUUGGUUUGAUAUGAUUGUGAAAACUUUUUAGAAAAAGUGUAUGAGAAUAAAUUAUGAACAUGAUUUUGGGUUUAAAAUUGACCAACUCUUGCCCUCCUGGCUAUAGCAAUUAUUCCAAUUGUGCAAUAAAACCCAAAAUUGACUUUGGAUAUUAUAGCAUA